AUGGUGGACACCGACCUAAGGAGUUUGGACACACCGUGGCAUUUUCCUCUUCCUUUCAACUCCAUUUCUAGUCAACUGUGUUUGUCCUCGGUUGCUUUGCUUCUGCUUAUCUACCAAGUUUCUCCCCAUACUCACUGUUCAACUUCCUUCUCUGCUUCUUUGUCUCAUUAUCGUCAAUCUCAGUCACUACAUGUGUCAGAAGGCACUGUCACUGUUACUGUGAUGGGCUGCUUUCAGUCCAAAACCACCCUUCUUCCUCCGUCUCAUCAACCUCCUCCUCUUCCUCUUGAUUCCCAGAACAACCCAGAUCUAGAUGGGAAUGGGGAGCAACCGGCGGUGCCAGCAUUCAAGGAGUUCGACCUCGCGGAGCUGCGUGCGGCUACCAACGGCUUCAGCAGCGACCUUAUAGUGUCGGAGAGCGGGGACAAGGCUCCCAAUGUGGUGUACCGAGGGAAGUUGAAGAACAAUCGUGUGGUGGCGAUUAAGCGAUUCUCGAAGCUGUCGUGGCCCGACCCACACCAGUUUACUAACGAAGCUGCUGGGGUUGGUAAAGUCCGCCACAAGAGACUGGUUAAUUUGAUCGGAUGUUGCGCCGAGGGAGACGAGCGGUUGUUGGUUGCUGAAUAUAUGUCUAAUGAUACCCUCUCUAAGCAUCUCUUCCACUGGGAAAAACAGCCAUUGCCAUGGGAAAUGCGCCUUAGAGUUGCUUACCAUGUUGCACAAGCCCUUGAUCACUGCAAUGCUGAGAACCUUAAAAUUUAUCACGAUUUAAAUGCUUAUAGAGUUCUUUUCGAUGAGGAUGGCGAUCCUCGGUUAUCCAGUUUUGGACUGAUGAAAAAUAGCCGAGAUGGAAAAAGUUACAGUACUAAUUUGGCUUAUACUCCUCCUGAAUUUUUGAGGACAGGCAGGGUCGUCCCUGAGAGUGUGAUUUACAGUUAUGGAACUGUUCUCCUGGAUCUCUUAAGUGGAAAGCAUAUCCCUCCCAGCCAUGCAUUGGAUUUGAUAAGAGGAAAGAAUUUGUUGUUGUUAUUGGAUUCUUCCCUGGAAGGACAGUAUGCUAAUGAAGAUGCCACAGAAUUGGUUGAAUUGGCUUCAAAAUGUCUUCAGUAUGAGGCUAGAGAUCGACCUGAUAUCAAUUUCCUCCUUUCAGCAGUGACACCUCUUCAAAAGCAGAAAGAUGUCGCAUCUCAUGUUCUAAUGGGUCUAUCUAAGACGCCACCGGUGCUGCCAACUAUGCUCACCCCUCUCGGAAAGGCAUGUGCUAGGAUGGAUCUUACUGCGGUGCAUGAUAUCUUGCUUAAAACUGGUUAUAAAGAUGAGGAAGGUGCAGAAAAUGAGCUGUCGUUUCAAGAGUGGACACAACAGGUUCAAGAUAUGUUGAAUACAAAGAAAUUUGGGGACAUUGCAUUUAGGGACAAAGAUUUUAAAAAUGCUAUUGAUUACUACUCAAAGUUGGUAUCGAUGAUGUCCGUUCCAUCUGGUACUGUAUUCGUGAGAAGAGCCCUCUCAUACUUGAUGAUCGGUGAACCAGAACUUGCGUUGAGAGAUGCCAUGCAGGCUCAGGUGUGCUUGCCGGAAUGGCCCACUGCCUUCUAUAUGCAAGCUCUUGCCCUCUCCAAGCUUGGAAUGGAAACCGAUGCGCAAGACAUGCUGAAUGAUGGAGCCUCAUUCGAGGCCAAGAAGCAAAAUGGCUGGCGUGUCUAGGCAGCAAUGUUUUAAGCUUUCUGACACUAGUUCCACCCUUCCCCCUACACCUGAUCCUGCCACCUUGUGUGGUGUGCCGGUGAGAGCUUGGAAGCAAAUGGUGGCAGGUGAGAGGGUCAUUUUGAAUGUUAUUAGUUUGUUAAAGGAUGGUUAGCUCGAGUUAAAGAAGUGUAUAUGAAAAAUAAUCAGAGUAAGGGUAAGUACUAGGCAAUGAGUUUGGAUCUUUGAUUCUGGUGGUGCUGAAUUUUUGGAACAAAUUUGGUUUGAGGCUUUAAGAUGUUGGCUUUAUAUGGAUGAAAAGUUGGGAGUUUAAUAAAACUGUUCG